CGUGCGCAGUUGGGCGGUGACGGGGUGACGCUCGGAGCGUAGGCCGUGACUCUCACGGAUCCGGUUCCGCCCUCCCUUCUCGCUGUCUACCCUCCGGGGCUAGCGCCCGCGAUCCUUUUCCCAGAGUGCUCUGCGCCGUGAAGAAGCGGCUCCCGAGCGCUGGGGGCAUUUUGUGUUGGCUGGAGCCGGAGUAACAAGAUGGCGGCGUCGGCGGAGUGACAGGGGUCCCUCCGGGCGGGAGCCGGCGGCAGUGGUGGCAGCGGUAUCGCCGCCCUAACUCACCGCUCUCCUUUUCCAGCCCGCGACCACGCCGCGAAAGUGAGGCAGCGGCGGCCGCCAGCAGCAAGUGGCCCACCCUGGUUACCGUGAGCACCCCCUCAACAAUCUGCGGCCUGGCAGAAAGAAACCUGACAGCAGUGGUGAUUAGGUUCCCCUUGGCCGACUCUGAGCCCUGUAACGCAGAGAAAAGAGCCAGCGUCUUCUGUUUCCUGCCGCCCUCCGGAGCCUUGCUCCGUGGACGAGCCCUAGAGGUCUCCCGUUCUUCCCUUAGAGGUGUCGGGGCUUAGCCCCAGCCUCCAUCUUCGUCUCUCAGGAUGGCGAGCAGCAGCGGCUCCAAGGCCGAAUUCAUUGUCGGAGGGAAAUAUAAACUGGUUCGGAAGAUCGGGUCUGGCUCUUUCGGUGACAUUUAUCUGGCGAUCAAUAUCACCAACGGCGAGGAAGUGGCAGUGAAGCUAGAAUCUCAGAAGGCCAGGCAUCCCCAGUUGCUGUACGAGAGCAAACUCUAUAAGAUUCUUCAAGGUGGGGUUGGCAUCCCCCACAUACGGUAAGAAUCCUUAAGCAAAUAGGCGAUCUUCCGAGGGAAGUAUGGAAACGGGGAAGAUGUGUACGAGGCAGGUGAUAGGGCCAGCUGAAUCCGGCUCUUGGUAUUUGAGUUACCUGGGUUUCCUGUGAAGCGUAAGUCACCACAAUCACAGAGUAAAUUUUAGUUUGCCAACUUAGUUUAGAAUUUCAGUUUGUUACACUCUGCUGCAAAGCUUCCGUCAUUCUUCCCGAGGCUUUCAUUUGCGGUUCAAGUAUGCGGCUCAUCUUUGAUCCCAACGCGGAAGGGUUGCCUGCUGCUUUCUUUCCGUCUGCACCUCAGAUGUUCUUGGGUUUGUCCGGUGAAGUGGAUUUGAGGGUGCCGAAGUCACCGGGCUGGGCCAGUUCGGGUUGCUAUUGGAGCUGGCUUGGGAAAUGGCUGCUCUUUUGUUGUGUUUUUGUUCCAACAUGUCUUCCUCCUCCGCUUAGAAAAUGGCGGAACGACGUGACUCAACCACAUAUUCCUGCCCUUUUUUCUGCUUGAGUUCAUAAGUUAUGCUUCCUUGAUUCCCUCUUUAGCAGCCCUGAGUUGAUUAAACCUUUGAAAAGCCAAGAAUAAAGCUGCAGACAGUGGUGGGGUUCAGGGAAGGAGAUGUCAUAAUGACAGUCUGAUCUCUGCAGCAGAUGCGAUGUGAAAUUAAAUUUACUCUGCAAAAUCCUUCAUAGUCUUUCCAGAAGUGUUAAUUAAGUCUGUAAAGAAUGGUAAUGUUUGCUACAUUUCAGUCUGUGUACUAAAUUUUGUGGGAAAUGGCAAAGGCAGUUUGAACAGUGCUAUGUUGAAAUUGACUCAGUUGUAUUAAAAGAAAACUUAAUCGUGUAACCACAGUUUGACAAGUAACUUUAACCUGUUGAGUUACUUGGUCAGUAACUCCUCACAUCUGGGAAACUGUGGCUUUUUUUUGGAGAUGCGAUAUUGGUGAAGGCAAAUAGUAAUAAGGAUAAAAGAUGACCAGAUGAAGACACUGGGUUCUUUUAAAUGGUUAACUUUAAAGGAUUUUAGAAUGGUUUGAUUUUUGAGAUUAAGAGCCUUUUCCCACAAUAGAGACUAAAAUAUAGUUUAAGACUCAACCAUUCUCCAUCAAUUACUCAAAAAUUACAUUUGCGAAAAAUCCGGAGGUAGUUGAGAUAACUGGAGUGGUAUUUACUGUAGCCUCUUUCACUAUCCCAGCUUUUAUUCCUCAAAUCUUGAAUUAAUGACUGGGUUAUAUACAUUAACUCUGAUGUGGAAACAACCGGAGUGACACUAUCCUUAAAAAAUUUCCAAUGCUCAUAGACAUUUUUAAUGGAGAAAUUGAAUGAUAUGAUUUUCUAUUGGUUCAAAGUCAAAAUAAAUUAUUAGGAAGAAAAUUCCGGGUUUAUCUUAUGAGGUAAAGAUUAAUGUGAAAUCUGAGAUAAUCCAGAUUUGAGAUUUUUAAUGGUUCUCAUCCCUUUAAAAAAAAAACAAAACCCUGCUGUGUAGGAAAAUAAAUUUGUUAUUGUGGAAAAAUGAAAACCUUGUUUAAAUAUCUAGCUUUUUUUUCACAAAAUAAAAAAUAUCAAUUGCAUUCGCCUAAAAUUUU